AUGGUCUUGAAAGCUGACAGUGCUGGGCACGUUCUCAGAGGAGUUGCAAUUGGUGGCAGCACCAGUAGCAAUAGCAUAACAACGAAUCUGCCGGCAAAACCAGGGCCUCAGACAUCUGGUGCUGAAUUUGGUCAGGCUGAACUAUACUCAGCUACGUUGUAUGACAGCGAUGCUUCGGCUUCUCCCAUCGGCUUGGGUCAGGAAAGAGCCAGUGCUUGGUUCGAACAGUAUAACCCACAGGCGCAGGACAACACCAAGGCCACACAGAACUUGGCGGCGAGGCUCGACUCUGCACGGGAGAGACGGUGUCGGCAACUGCAACAGUUGCAACUGCAACAGUUGCAACAGCUACAGCAGCAAACCAGCAGGGUCCAGGAGAAGUUGCGGCAAACCAAAGGCACCGUGGAGCAGGCAACCGUGACCGCGGCUGCCACCAAGCGGUGCUUGAGGGAUGCUGCCCGAGCUCGAGUUCAAAGCGCUUUGAACGAGGCACAAUCUCCGAGCGGUACCUGUACUUCUCAGCCGUCUCAUGGCAGCGAUGAACAAGUCUCGUCCGAGUCCAAGGCACUUGUGGGCGAUGGGCAAAGCAGAUCUCAGCAGAAAAACAUCAGGCUCAAAGCGAUGGAUCUGGCAAUGGAGGACAUUGGCAGAUGCUGCGAGAUGUUGCGAGAUGUUGCGAGAUGUUGCGUUGCACUGUCCAACCUCUUGGAUGCGUUAGACGGUCAGGAAUUUUCAACUCGUUCCCAAGUCGGUCGGACCAUCCAGCGGAAGUUGCUUGCCUGCAGAGCUUUAGCGAAGAUGCACAGAAAACACCCGCACUGGCCAGGGAUGCUUCAUGUUACAGCCGUUCCACCUGUCGAUGCAGCACCGUGCAAAACUUCUUGCGGCAGUGUGGACUGGCAGGCCAUGCGCAUCAUGGGCAUAUGCGCGGAUUGGGAGGCCGUCGACUCUGGUAGCAUCCCGUCUGCCACGGCGCGGCGGAGUGCUUCGCUAGCGCAGAGUGCUUCGCCCCGGGUGAGGCUCAAAGCGAUGGAUCUGGCAAUGGAGGACAUUGGCAGAUGCUGCGAGAUGUUGCGAGAUGUUGCGAGAUGUUGCGUUGCACUGUCCAACCUCUUGGAUGCGUUAGACGGUCAGGAAUUUUCAACUCGUUCCCAAGUCGGUCGGACCAUCCAGCGGAAGUUGCUUGCCUGCAGAGCUUUAGCGAAGAUGCACAAUAUCACAGUGAACUCUGUGAACUCUGUGAACUCUGCUACUGCUGCGUUGCUGGCCACUCUGGGCGCCAUCAUGUUUAUUCAACACCUCACCGUGAAGGCGAACGACCUCCGGUGGAUUUGGUCGCUGCGUCAAUUAUUUUCACAGGCUCAUGGUGAUCGGCAGACAGUGCAUCAAAGUCCUCAGAACUUGGUGGAUGAAGAAAUGAAUUCAGUUCGAUUGGUGCACUUCACCUGUAUUCAGCAGCCCCUAUUGCACAUUACUUGGAUAACCAUGCUCGGCGAGUAUGCGGUUGCUGCCCAAGAGCAAACUGCCAUUCACUUUUUCUGGGUCGUCUCAGUGACUCUGUGCUAUUUGGCUUUCAUGCAUGUGGAUCGGUCUCCAAUAACAGCAGACGGUGCCCGGAGGAUGUGUAUUGCUUUGCAGAUAAUGGUUAUUCUCGGAAACAUGAGCACGGCUUUGGGACCAUUUGACCGCUACAUUUGUCUGCACGUUGCCGAAGUGACGUUCCAUCUCAAUUUGAGCGUGAUCAUGGCUGACGUGUACACCUCUAUCCCCUUGUCCUUUUGUUUUUGUGCCAGCACGAUCUUGAGCUAUGCUGCACGGCAUGGUACGACCAGCAUCUCCGGUGAGUUUCUAAUGCUUCAAGGCUUCGAAUUGUGGUGUUUCAUGAUGGUUCCAGGGCUCAUUGAGUCUACUGCUCGCAAGCGCAUUGAUUUGGCAAUGCAGUCCAAAAUGGCCAACUUAAUGGUUUCUGGCUUUCGUCGGAUGAUCAAAGGGCUCUGUGAUGGUGAUUUGCUGCUAGAUACCAACUUUUGCAUUCGUGGCAGCUCAGCGUGCCUCCAACGAAUGCUUGGCACAACUCGUGAAUUCUCUGGGGUUGUUUUGAUGGAUUUGAUGGUGGAAGAGAGCAAGCAACGCUUCAUUGAUUUCAUCGACUCGUCAAGGGAUGAAGAUCCUGGAGCGCCACGCUGCCUGCGGGUGGCUUUCAAAGGACACAAGGUUAGCGAGGUGUCCGUAGACCUGUUUCAUGUGGCAAUGCCCGAUCUACACGUUCCUGGGAACCAUCACCACAUCAUCGCUUUGGCAGAGGAUGUUCAGCCGAGUCCACUUCCUGAGGCAGUACCCCCGGCACAGGAUCCUCCUCUUCUAACACACAAAGGGGCUCCAGCUCCAGUCGAAGGUGAUGGCAUUUCAGCACGUGGAUCUGCGACCAGCUGCGCAGAGGCAGUGGAAUCAUUUCAGGAGCUUAUUGAGAUGAACUUAUUUUUGGAUCCCUACCAAAAGGAUGAUGCCUUUCUGGAUGACAUCCGCGAAGCCCAUUUCAAGUUUGAACGAAAGACUAGUUUACCUCGCAUCAGUCGCGGCAUGCCGACUUUGAAGCGAUAUGUGCAUCCCAGCGAUUGGGAGACUGUUGAUGCCUACGUGGAGCAAGUGGUUUCCCGCAUUCGCACAACUCCCCCGAAAGAGUCAGGGGAACCCGCUGAAUGUCCAGCUUUAGAUCUUGGCCCGUUGCUUCUUCGACUGCCGGGAGAAACCAGAGCAUAUCUCUAUGCUCGAUCUGUGAAAGUGAGUAGUGGAAUUGCCUCAGAGCUACCAUCGUCAAAAGGUGGCCAGCCCCCGGCAAGCAGAUUGCGGGUACAGCUUCACGUCAGCGAGUUUUACACCGGUGAAUGGCAGAGGAUGCCCCAUGGCGCUCCACUACCGGGACGCCGCGAAGAUGGUAGGGAGGGCGAUGCUUCAUGCCGGCCGCAGACGAGGCGAGCCCGCAUCCGCGAGCUGCUGAAGCGCCUGAACUUGGCUCAGACGCCCUGCAUGGCGGACGUGGUAAGAGUUGAUGCGAGACAGCGACAAGCCAAGGAGCGACAUUUGCGAUUGGCCGGAAGCAGCUCCACUCCGAGCACAGGUGCCUUGUCGCCGGCGUUGUCCUUGCGUCGCUCUCGUUCCUUCAUGGACCUCAUCGGAACCAGUGAAGAGAACAGCUCCGCUUCAAGGAGUUCUCCAGUCGAUCCCCGCUUUGUGGAAGAUGUCAUUUCUCGUCUUCCUGCAAAGGUGGCCACAACCAUGCGACGGGGUGAGCCAUGCACCAUUUGUUUGGAGAUUCCAACCUCAGGUGAGGUGGUUACAACGUUGCCUUGUUGCCACUGGUACCAUACCGAGUGCAUUCGAGAAUGGCUGCUGCAUGCAAGGCUGUGCCCCUUGUGCAAGACGGUGGUGGUGCCUGAGGAAUUGGGAAUCUGA